UACUGGUGACAGGCACGUAAUGACACGAAGACAGAUCAUUGUGUGUUCUUACUGUUUACCGGACCAUGUGGCUCAUUUUAAAGAAAAGCAACGAAACGGACAUAAGGGCAUACAUUGACAUUUAACAAGAAGUAAUUUUGGAAAACCAAGAGGACAAAGGAAAACGCAAGCCAAGACGAAUGCGAACAUGUUUUACACCAAGACAACUCCAAGUACUGGAGCAAACGUUUGCGAGAACACAUUAUCCAGAUGUACUCUUGCGGGAGCAGCUGGCUAAUUUUACAAAUCUUCCAGAAUCAAGAGUACAGGUGUGGUUCAAAAAUCGCAGAGCAAAGUAUCGAAAGCAUGAAAAGUCUGGAGUAGAGGUGUUUACCAAACCAAGCAUUCCUUCAUUCCUUAAACCAGAUAACUCAAGAAUUCAGAGGCAUGAAACUUCAUCGCAGUCUCACUUUCCCAUAUUUCAAAGACCAAGAGGUGCAAGUCUAUCAGUAUUGUCAUCAGUUCCGAGAAAUGUGGACGUAGCCGAUCGACUGCAUGAGCGCGCCCACCACCUUCCGAGCGUGUCUUCAUUUCUUCCGCCGGUUCGAGAAAUCCUUCCUUCAUGUAACAUGAUUCCAACACCUAUUCAUUCAUUGUCUUGCCCACCUGAGUCGUGUCGCCAACCAUUUCCGACAUACACUCUCAGGCAUUUCACCGAUGUAUCCCCUUUCGGUCCAAUUAACAAUUGAAACUGGAAUGUAACUAAUACCUUAAAUUAGUGGUCCAUCGCUCAGAGGGCUAGAAGGAUUAUAAAGGUCAACCUGCGUUGGCAACUGUCAAUAAGAUUCAAUUAAGUACAUAUUAAUUAGGCGCCUCGCAACACGUAAGUAUAGCAACUUAUUCUCAUAGGCACUACUGUGACAGCAGAAAAACUGACCCUUCCCUCUUCAGUUUAUUCCUAUCAAAAACAACAACAAAUAAAAAUGUGAAGAUCUCAACUUACAAACACACCAUCAUGGUGUCAUAAUUAUCCAUGUGUUUCUAAAGUGUAAACAUAAACACAAAUAUAGUACCCUCAAUAUACAGCAAUAGCAUCACAAUACAUGCUAUGUUUUCAUCAUCAUGUAGCUUCACCAUCAAUAUCUCAUAAUUGUGUUAUAUACUAUUGAGUCUUUCUACCCAAAAAAAAUAUAUUCUAUUCAAAUGGGAUUUGAGCACAUUUCAUAUAAUCUAUGUAUUGCAACUUUUAUGUGAAUACAUAAUUUUAGUCCUGCAAUAAAUAUUAGAUGAUAUCACCACAAGGCUUAAAACCGACAUUAGCAGUUUUUCAAAUAACUGUGUAAAGUUAUAAUAAUUGAUGACCAUUUGCACUGAGCUCGUGUAAUCUAUCUCUAAUUGUAAAUAAGGUAGCAAUUGCAAAAACAUACUUUCAAUAAAAAUUACUUCCAUUUCAUCGAA